CAUGCUAUUUGCCACUAUCCAUUAACCGACAAAGCAAAACCCAUUACUCCCACCUAACUGAAUCCCUGAAUCCUGAUAAUAUUACUCCUCCCUUCAGCCUCUUUCUUCGCUCUCGAAAAACAACCUGAUGAUCUGAGUAUUCAGAGCAGAUAGAGAAUCAAGGGGGAGACACAGACACGGAGAGAGAGAGAGAGAGAGAGAGAGACUCUCACAUGGAGAAAACUCAUGAUCAAGUCGGUUCCGAGUAUCACCAUGGACAAAGGCGUGAUGUUUUCUUUAUUUCCGAGGCUCGCCUCAACAAAUACACAUUCAUUUGUGCUCUUUUGGCAUCCUCAACUUCCAUUCUUCUGGGUUAUGAUAUUGGGGUGAUGAGUGGUGCAGCGCUGUAUAUAAAAGAAAACCUAAAAAUCACAUCGAUCCAAGAGGAGGUUUUGGUGGGUACCCUAAACGUGUUUUCUUUAGUGGGAUCACUUCUUUCCGGUAGGACUUCUGAUUACAUAGGUAGGCGUUACACCAUAGUCUUGGCCGCAGCUACAUUUCUAAUUGGUGCACUUCUGAUGGGCCUUGCACCGUCGUUCCCGUUCCUCAUGGCGGGCCGCAUUAUCGCCGGUAUCGGCGUCGGAUACUCUCUCAUGAUCGCUCCCGUCUACACCGCCGAACUCUCCCCCUCCAUGAGCCGCGGUUUCCUCACUUCCCUCCCAGAAGUUUGCAUCACUUUCGGCAUCCUACUCGGUUAUAUUAUCAACUAUGCCUUGUCGAGUCUCCCACAGCACAUCAAUUGGCGACUAAUGCUAGGUCUCGCAGCCAUACCAGCUAUAGUUAUUGGCUUGGGCGUCUUGGCAAUGCCCGAGUCCCCUCGUUGGCUCGCCAUGCAGGGCCGAGUGAACCAGGCAAGGGAGGUUUUGAUUAAAACAUCGAACACUUUGGAAGAAGCCGAGUCGAGACUGGAGAAUAUAACAAAAGCUGCCUCAGUUUUAGUCCCGAACACAGCUGCUAGCCCAGCCUCGGCCCACGAAAGCCAUUGGAGUGGAGAAGGGGUUUGGAAGGAGCUUUUGUUAAGGCCCUCGAGGCCCAUUAAACGCAUGCUAAUUGCAGCUAUAGGAAUUAACUUCUUCAUGCAGGCUUCUGGGAACGAUGCAGUCAUAUACUACAGCCCUGAAGUGUUCAAGGCUGCUGGGAUACAUAGUAAAAAACAGCUGUUUGGUGUCAAUGUAAUAAUGGGCCUUUCCAAGACGUCCUUUGUUAUGUUUUCGGCCUUUUACUUGGACCGGUUCGGGAGGCGGCCCCUUUUGCUUGUGGGAUCGGUUGGUAUGGCCAUCUCGUUAGCUGGGCUGGGCCUGGGCUCGAAGUUUCUUGAGCAAUCCGAAAGUAAGCCGGUCUGGGCCAUCGUGUUGUGCAUCCUGGCGGUAUGUGCCGAUGUUUCUUUCUUUUCAAUUGGGCUUGGGCCAAUCACAUGGGUUUACUCGUCAGAGAUAUUUCCUAUGAGGCUAAGGGCCCAGGGUUCGAGCCUAGCCAUUUCGGUGAACCGGCUGGUGAGUGGAGUGGUGUCAAUGACGUUUCUGACCAUUUCCAAGAAGAUAACAUUUGGGGGAAUGUUUUUUGUGCUGGCGGGAAUAAUGGUACUGGGCACCAUGUUCUUUUAUGCUUUGUUGCCGGAGACGAAGGGCAAGAGCUUAGAAGAAAUGGAAGCUCUAUUUGAGAACAAAGCUAGAAAGAUGGAUAGUAGGGGAAGGGAUAUGGAAGUUGUGUAGCUACAUAUUUAUGUUGCUAAAGUUAGGAUUCUUUUGACAUUAAAAA